GGCGAGCUGGUUCUCCCUUCCGUGACAUACAAAUAUGGCGACGUGCACCUUCGGCGGGAAACACGCUACUCAGAUAACAUGUCUGUGUAUUGUACUGUGCACGGCAGUUCGUCAUCGUCGAUCAACUUGUGUGGCCAGGACGGGCAUUUCACGAGGAGUUUUAGUGUCACAUGAAGAAUAUAACGAAGGAUAUAAGAAACGACAUAAAGCAAGAAGCAGCUACGUCGACAUCAUGGAAAUGAUAUCGACAAGGAAACUCUACAACAAUCCAUUUACGAUCUCCAUAGAAGGAAAUAUCGGAAGUGGUAAAACAACAUUUCUGAAUCACUUUCAGAAUUUUAAUGCCACAAUCUUGCAAGAACCGGUGGACUUAUGGAGAAAUGUAGCUGGAGUAAAUUUAUUAGAUCUUUUUUACAAGGAUCCUGUAAAUUACGCCUUUCUAUUUCAAUCGUACGUUCAUUUGACUAGACUGCAGUUACAUACUAUGAGUAUACCAUCGCCCUAUAAAGUUAUGGAAAGAUCUAUAUUUAGUGCAAAAUGUUUUUUGGAAAAUAUGAAACGUACUCAUAUGAUAAAGGAUGUGGAAACGAUAGUUUUAGAAAAGUGGUAUGAUUGGUGUUUAGAAAACACAAAAAUAAGAUCAGAUUUGAUAAUAUAUCUAAGGACAACGCCUGAAAUUGUAUUUCAAAGAAUGCAAGCACGUGCGCGUAAAGAAGAGGACUCUGUGCCAUUAGAAUAUCUGAAACAAAUACACGAAAUCCACGAGGAUUGGCUGUAUAGACAAACUUUAUUUUCAUUACCAGCACCAGUUAUGAUUAUAGACGGCGACAAAAGUCUCGAGGAGAUGGUGCCGCAAUUCGAAAAAUGUAAAGACCGAAUACUUAACGGACAAACUGAUGGCACAAAUAGAAUAAUUAUAGAUACUAAAGUAUAACAUAGGCCGAUAUUUGAAUAUUAUAUUCAAAAAUGACUUAAUUAUAGGUUUAAUAACUACCAUUCUCGACUUACCUUCAGAGACUGAAAUGAUGCUAUGUUCCGGGAAGGUAGGCUGAUUGUCGUUGACAUCGAUUACCCGCACGCUCAAUGCAGCCGUGCCGGUUAACUGCGGGUUUCCUUGAUCAGUCGCGAUGAUGGUCAGCCUGUACUUCUCGCGAAUCUCACGAUCUAGGACUAUGUUGGUUCGUACUAUUCCACUGUAUGGUGGACUUAUGGUGAAGGCAUUAUCUGGAUUACCAUCCACGAUAUGAUAUAAGAUUCUACUGUUUAAUCCUUGAUCAGCAUCACUUGCUGAAAGCUACGGCAGCAAACAUUGAAAUAUAAUAUUAUAUACAUUCAAACAUACAUAUAUUUUUUUAUAUCAUUAAAUAUCAAUAUCGUAAUUUGUAUCGUAGUUCAUAUUUUACCUUUAUUUUUAUAUCAAGAUUUAUUAAUAUAAGACAGACAAUAAAUAUUCGCACAUUUUAAUACUGUAA